UUCACGUGAUACAAACGUCAUUGAUCUAAAAAAAAUACUUGUGUCUUAUCAGAAAUACAGUAGAGAGGUAUAUAUAGUGUUUAUUGACGCAUUGAAUCUGAUCCGUCAAAUAAAACGGACCGACAUAAAAAAUAAGAUGAUAUAGUUGAAACUGAAAGCUAAAACAGAAAUGGCGAAUAGUUAUGAAACUAUAUCUGAUUGUUUGUUGGUGGCGGCCAUUGAUUUUGGUACGACCUUUUCUGGGUAUGCAUUUGCCUUUAAGAGUGACUACAAGGAAGAUCCUCUGAAGAUAUCCGGGUUUACAUGGACAUUAGGUUCUCAAGCAGGACUUUCUCUCAAGACCCCAACAUGUGUAUUGUUUAAUCCCAGAGGUGACUUUGAUUCAUUUGGAGCAGAGGCCGAGGAAAAGUAUACAGCUCUUGCAGAAAGUGAGGAUCAUCAAAGUUGGUACUUUUUCAGCAGGUUUAAAAUGCAGUUGUACAAAAAUCAUGAGAUACCACGUAAUCUCACAAUAGAGGAUGACCAAGGAAAACAUCUGGAAGCUAUAAAAGUCAUUUCAAAAAGUAUCAACUAUCUACGGGGACAUUUGAUGGAACAAAUAGCCAAGAGAGAUAUCCAGAUAAAAAAGACGGAGAUCACAUGGGUUCUAACCGUGCCUGCCAUCUGGUCUGAUCCAGCCAAACAGUUUAUGAGGGAAGCUGCUGUAGAGGAAGUACAAACUGAUGGAUCUAUUAAACAACUGUAUAUGGCCAAUGGGGGUGACUGGGGAGGAACUAAAGUGGACCAGGCGUUUGAUGAAUACAUGAUGGAGCUGGCAGGACCUGCGACUGUUUACAAAUUUCGGGAUGAAGAUAAAGCUGGACACUUGGAUCUUUGCAGAGAAUUCGAAAUCAAAAAGCGUAACAUCCAACCAGAUCAAACGUCGAAAGUGACAUUCAGAGUUCCUAGUACUUUAAGCGAAAUAUUCAAAAGGGAAGAAGGUACAGAUUUUAAACAGUCGGUGUCUUCAUCUAAGCGAGUAACAUGGGUUGGUGACAAACUGCGUGUUGAUGCAGCUUUGGCGCAAGGUUUUUUCGAUUCAACCUGUCAACACAUUGUUCAGCAUUUGAAAGGCAUCUUUAAUGAAGAAAAAGUGAGAGGUACAAAUACCAUUCUAAUGGUUGGUGGGUUUUCCGAUUCUCCAAUGCUUCGAAAAGCUGUUGAACUAAGCUUUCCAGAUAAAAAUAUAAUUAUUCCACACGAGGCUGGUUUGGCAGUAUUGAAAGGAGCGGUUCAAUACGGUUAUGAUCCAAGAAUUAUAUCUACACGAAUCUGCAAGUUCACAUAUGGAGUUCGGACAAACUCUAGAUUCAAGGAAGGUAUUGAUCCUGAAAGCAAACGAAAAAUUAGAGACGGAAAAUCAAAAUGUGGAGAUUCAUUCAGUAAACAUGUAAUAAUUGGACAGGCCGUUCAUAUCAAUGAGGCAAUAGAAGAAAAAAUGUAUUAUCCAUCGUACUCUGAUCAGACAAAAAUGCGCGUUUCCAUCUAUACAUCUACAGAGGAAGACCCCCGGUACACGGAUGACCCCUCGUGCGCCUAUCUAGGAGAACUCACUGUACAUAUGCCUGACACCAGAGGAGGAAAGCACCGCCAGGUAUCUGUUCAACUGACGUUCGGGGGUACAGAAAUAGAAGUAACGGCAACGAAAACAGGAACUGGAGAAGAAACCAAAGCAUUCCUCAAUUUCUUGCGUUAG